UUAUCCAUUUUUUGACUGUCCAUCUGUCUUGAUAUCUGCACUUCCCAGCAUAGCCGAGGCUGGGGAGACUACAGAUUCUAAACUUAAAAAGUUUAGACUUCAGAACUCACACCCUGACACUGCAGGCUCGUGAGCACUCUAUCGCUCUACUGCUAAGUUUAAUGCUUUGUUAACUGAACCUUCUUGCUGUAGACAGAGAACAUCUGGAAGUUAUGGAUCACCACAAGGUGUGUUGUUUCCAAAACAAGGGUCAAAUGCUUUCUUAAGAACUGAAUGCCCCUCCCACUGCAUUGGGAGCAUUCAGCAUAUCAAGUUGAACUGAUGUAUUAAGUCAAUGCACAGAAAAUGGAAAGCCAAACAGAGGCUAUCAAGAUGGAUAUUGGCCCCUCUCUGUCAUUUCCAAUGGAAAGAAAAGUUCACAUCCAGUUAAGCAGGAGACAGAUCAUCAAGGCCAAACUGAGGAAGAGCUGUUCCUGCACCACUAAGAGACUGAAGAACAUAGUCAUGGACUUCUUUCCUGUGUUACGAUGGCUUCCCAAGUACCACUGCAGAGAAUACAUAUGCGGGGAUGUUAUGUCCGGGGUGGUGAUUGGGAUCAUUUUGGUACCCCAAGCCAUAGCGUAUUCUCUGCUCGCUGGUUUGAAGCCUAUUUAUAGCCUUUACACAUCAUUUUUUGCCAACAUCAUUUAUUUCCUGAUGGGCACCUCUCGACAUGUGUCUGUUGGCAUUUUCAGCCUAUUAAGUUUAAUGGUAGGGCAAGUUGUGGACAGAGAGCUACUCUUGGCAGGAUUUGACCUGAAUGAUGAUGAUGAUGCCAUCAGCAACAGUUACGAAUGGAACAGCAACAAUUCUAAUGUAACCACCUUCAAUCUUACUCUUGGGGGGUUGAACGCUGAGUGUGGGAGAGAGUGCUAUGCUAUUGGAAUUGCUACAGCCUUGACUUUUCUGGCUGGAGUUUAUCAGGUUCUGAUGGGAGUCUUUCGUCUAGGCUUUGUCUCUAUAUAUCUUUCAGAGUCUGUGCUGGAUGGAUUUGCAACUGGUGCUUCUUUAACCAUUUUAACAGCCCAAGUUAAGUACCUUAUUGGAAUAAAAAUCCCACGCAGCCAAGGGCAUGGGAUCUUCUUAACGACCUGGAUUAAUAUUUUUCAAAACAUUUCUCAGGCUAACCUGUGCGAUGUAAUCACGAGUGUGGUUUGCAUUGCUGUGCUAGUCGCUGCGAAAGAACUGGGAGAUCGGUACAAGCAUAAGCUGAAAAUCCCACUGCCCACAGAGCUGGUGGUUAUUGUUGUGGCAACGCUGGUUUCCCACUAUGGGAAACUGAAUGAAGUUUAUGCAUCCAGUGUUUCGGGGGCAAUUCCAACUGGAUUUAUUCCCCCUCAGAUGCCAAAUUUUAACCUGAUGCAUCGUGUGGCGCUAGAUGCUGUUCCUCUUGCCAUAGUUGGCUUUGCAUUUACAAUCUCCCUCUCAGAAAUGUUUGCAAAGAAAUAUGCCUACACGGUUAGAGCCAAUCAGGAAAUGUUUGCCAUAGGAUUCUGUAACAUUAUCCCAUCCUUUUUCCAUUGUUUUGCAACCAGUGCAGCUCUUGCAAAAACGCUUGUGAAAUCUUCUACAGGCUGCCAGACGCAGGUCUCUAGUGUUAUCAGCGCAGUGGUAGUGUUGCUGGUGCUGCUCUUCCUCGCCCCGCUGUUUUAUUCUUUGCAAAAAUGUGUUUUGGCUUGCAUCAUCAUCGUCAGUCUUCGAGGAGCCCUUCGGAAGUUUAGAGACGUGCCCCAGCGAUAUCACAUGAACAAGGUGGACACUCUGGUUUGGUGUGUUACUGUGUUCUCAUCUGCCCUGAUCAGCACAGAAAUGGGGCUUUUGAUUGGGGUCCUCUUUUCCAUCCUGUGCAUCGUUGUUCGUACGCAGCGACCCCGAACUGCCCUGCUUGGUCAGAUCCAGAGCACUGCCUUCUAUGAAGACGACUGGGAAUAUGAAAGUCUCUGUCCUGUUCCAAAUGCCAAAAUAUUCCGUUUUGAGGCACCACUUUACUAUGCAAAUAAAGACUUUUUUCUGAAGUCUCUCUACAGAAUGACUGGGUUAGAUCCUACUCUGGAAGCUGCUAAAAGGAAAAAGAAUGAGAAGAAGCAAAAAGAGCAUUUGAAAGAGGGAAAUAGAGGCACAACUGUUAAGGGAUUGGAUCAGGCAGAUACAGCCUUACACCUGGUUCCUAAACAAGUAGAUUUCCAGACCAUCAUCAUAGACUGUUCCUCAGUCACUUUUCUGGACACAGCUGGUAUAAUCACAUUAAAGGAAAUAUUGAAAGAUUACAGCGAGCUAAAAAUCACUGUUCUUCUGGCUUGCUGCAACCCCUCAGUGAUUGACUCUCUGAAAAGAGGGGACUACUUUGGGAAGGAUUGCAAAAAGAUGCACGAAUUGCUGUUCUAUAGCAUUCAUGGUGCUGUGCAGUUUGCCAGAGAUAGAAAGCUUGUGGCAGAUGGCUCUGCUGUUUAGUUUCAAAGGCCCAUGUAUUUCCCUCUGCACAAAGGGAAGCAGGGUGCAGUCACUUAAAAGUAGGCACACACCUCACUUGCUGCGCAGGAGCCAUCUGCCUACAGGACAUGCUCCCAUGAGAAGGUGUGCAGUGCUGGACCGCCGCAUCACGUCUGCAAACAGCGCAAACAGGGGUAUGGCCAAGGACCAGAUGAGAAGGAUAAGGAGUGCACCCAGUUACCACCUGAACUGCCAUUCAAAAUGCAGAUGUUGGACUGUAAAAUAGGUUGUGAUUUACUUCUCCACUGUACUGUAGUAACUUACACGCAUCAAACUUACGUACCACUGGUCUGGUGUAUUUGCAAGUCUGAGCAGAAAAGGCUAGCUGCCUCCCUGGAAUGUGCUGGUUUAUGGGUACAGGAUAGCAGUCUCCAAGAAACCACUUGUGGUCUGGUUCCAGGGCCACAUCACAGUGCUAUCUUUUAAACUCUAGCUUGUUAGGCCUUUUUCCUUAUCAUAUCACUACUAAAGGCAUGCUCUUGUUUCAAUGGGCUUUUAGGCAACCCCGCUGUUUGCUACACACUUGUUAUGAGCAUCAGCUGGGAUGAUGUAGCACCUCCUUCCCACAUGCCCAUGAGCCAUAACAAACGUGUUGCCCUCAGUUUCAUUAUUCCUUAGCAAAACCUCCCUCAAAGCUACCACGGAAUCAUCCAUAUUAAAAAAAGUCUAGUAUUUCUGCCCUUAAAGAUGCAGGAAGAAGUGUGACCAUUAAACUCAGAUUUGCUGUAGCUAGUGAAAAUACUUGAAGUGAUUUAAGAAAAGGGAAGUGCUUUCAUUAGAAAUCUUAUAGCUACACUAGUUUUAACUGUGAGGCAAAUCUGACUUUCUGGAACUUAGCUAUCUCAAGCUUAAACCCUAAAGUUCAGGCCAAGCACAUCAUGUUUGUAAUGUAACUGUCAGACUGGGUGCAGGGCAGGGGGGAGAAAUGGGAGGGAAAGAGACAAAGGAGGGAAAAAGAUGCAAGAAGGGAAGCCUGAGAUAUGGAUGGGAGUGGGAGAAAUGGGACGGUUCUGAACUGGGUCUGAAUCUGCAAGUUUUAUGCUGGUGUAUCUGGGAUCAGAAUGUGGUCUAAUGGCUGAAGGAGAACUUCUUAAAACCAUGCAUUUCAUUAUGUUGUCAGAGUACCCCCGCUAUUUGUAUACAUUUCAGGCCAUAACUUUAAUUUGUAACUCUGUGGUUUCUAAUGACAGCAAAUAGAUGUCUAGGCUAUUAUGCAGA